AUGGCAGCAGCGGUGCUCAUGGAGGAGCAGCUCCAACAUAGCAUCGCGACAUCUGAAGAGGAUGCGGAGUUCGAAGAGGACGAUGAGCUUGGAGGGGACAUCAGGGAGGACACUGCAGACGCCUUUGCGGCAAACAAUCAGCUACAUAUCGGCAUGAUGGCAGAACGGAGCGAAGGAGACGAAUCCAACGGAGAAGAAGCCAUGUUGUCUGACGAAGAUGCUGAGGGUGAGGAGGACGAUGAGAUGGUGGAUCUGGUCCCCCAAAACGGCGAAGAAGAAAGCCAAGAUGAAGACGACGAGGACGAAGAUGGAGAAGGUGUAGGUGCUGUCAAAAUACAGCCUGGCUUGCAAGAGGAUGACGAAGAAGUCAUGUCCGGAACAGAAGACGAUGACGACGAAAGCGUUGGUAGUAUGGAUGAUGCGUCGAAGGACUCGUCAGAUAACGAGGUCGAAGUGGAAUGGGAACCUGCAGUGGAAGAGGAGGAGGAACCCACGAAUCCUAAUCGCUGCAUAUUCUGUCAGCAGGACGAAGAAAACGACCCCAGUGAGGAAUUUGAGCUAUAUCUGGCUUGUGGUGUUUGUGGAGAUAAUGCACAUCGGCAAUGCGCCCGAAAUUCUCAAGCGCUGAAACCGGAUGAGGAAGCAGAGACCUGGUAUUGUCCAGAUUGUGUUUCCAAUAAUUUGGUCCCAGAAGAGGCUAUCCCGGAUACCGAAGAAAGUCUUGAUCUGGCUGCACGUCGCAUUUCCAGGGAUAGAAUCGCUGGAGACUUACUGCCGUCCCAUAGAGGCACUAUAAAGCCCGAUUCCCACUCUGUGUUCAAUCAGCUGAUUGCACCUGACGAUCCCAUGGAUGGCUCUCGUCUAUUACGCAAACGAAAAACUUCAUCCGGUGAUGCAGAUGCUGAGGAAGUCAUUACUCCCAGAAGAAGGACGAACCGGGAGACGGCUAGCUCUAGCAGCUCGAAGCCGCCUACAGCUAAAGGUGCUGAAGUUCCCACAGAAGAUCCUGAAGCACUUGUCGAUUCGAAUGGUGGAGAUGACCAACCCGAGACAAACGGUGAUCAGGCGCCAACGAGUCCACGAGCAUCAAGAUCAUUACGGCCAAAGUCAUCACCAAACUCUCACGCCACGUUCCUCGAGCGAUCCUCACAAAGCAUCAAAUUAGUCUUCAAGGUAGGUUCGGCUGAACUGACCCGCAUUCACUCACGGCCUUCGAAACCAAAGAAGAAAAGCCGCCCUACUUCAGUCCCUCGUCCUUCUACCGCAGUCUCUACAUUUAUCCCCUCCAGCUACCAACACCCUUUCUAUUCACUCCAUGAAAAGGAAAUGGACGAACUGAAGUCGAAGCCAUAUGGUGGUAUUCUGACCGAAAUUGAGGCGGAUACAUCUAUGACUCUACCAAAACCCGAACACCGUCGACAAUUCGACGAAGCUCGGCAAAAAGCUGAAGAAGAAUGGAAAGCUAGGGCGGCAGCCGCCGCUGAAGCAUCUGCAGCAUCUGGAAUAAAAAAGCCUCGAAAAGUGUCUGGUCCUGCAAGUCAAAUUGAAUAUAUAGAGUUUGGACAGUAUCAGAUCGAUAUUUGGUACGCUGCACCUUACCCAGAGGAGUACAGCCGAAACCAAGCCCUCUUCAUUUGCGAGUUCUGUCUUAAGUAUAUGGAAUCAGCUACGGUAGCCUGGCGCCAUAAAACGAAAUGCCCCUGGAAGCAUCCGCCCGGCGACGAAGUCUACCGCGAUGGCAACAUUUCUAUGUUCGAGGUCGAUGGCCGGAAGCAAUCGCUCUACUGCCAAAACCUCUGUCUCCUUGCAAAACUGUUCUUGGGUUCGAAAACCCUUUACUAUGACGUCGAGCCCUUUUUAUUCUAUGUCUUGACGGAGUACGAUGAGCUUGGGUACCAUUUCGUCGGCUACUUUUCGAAGGAAAAACGACCUACAAGUCUAAACAAUGUAUCCUGCAUUCUGGUACUUCCAAUUUUUCAACGCAAAGGAUAUGGCCACCUUCUCAUCGAAUUUUCAUAUCUCUUGACACGAGUUGAGAAGAAGACAGGAUCUCCUGAGAAGCCUCUCUCGGAUAUGGGACUGGUUUCCUAUCGGAAUUAUUGGCGGCUUGUCUUAUGUCACUACCUGAAGGAUUACAAGUCAGGCGAUCUGACCCCUAGCAUCAAGAGAAUGUCUGAUGAUAUCGGCAUGACGCCGGAUGAUGUUAUAUCAGCACUCGAGCAACUAAGGGCUCUAAUUCGUGAUCCUGUCACCGGCGUGUAUGCACUGCAAUUAAAUACAGAUCUAUACCGCGAAGUCAUUCGGCAUCAUGACUCAAAAGGCUAUGCUGCAAUCAAUCCUAAGAGGCUAGUCUGGACGCCCUAUAUUAUGGGACGCGGUAAUGCUUCUGCAUUCGACCACGUUCCGCAUCUUAACGCAGUAGCGUCCCGGGAGGACUCCGACGACGACGAUGAUAUCCACGAGCAGGGAAAGCUUUCCAAUGGUAGAAAGAGAGACUUCGACUUCUUCAAUGGAAUUAACGGUGGUACGGAUAGCAUCACCGAAUCUUUGGGCAAAUUGACCACUGCAUCCGGUGAGAUCAUUAAGGCCGGAACAUCUCCUGACGGUGAUCUUGCCGAAGGCUCUAGGUCUGUAUCAAGAGUCAAUGGCGUCUCAAGAAACCUCUCAUACUACGAAGCUGCUGCGUCUAUUAGCGCCACUCAAUUCGAAGUCUUCCCACCGCCUCCAGGUUCUAAGAGUCGUGCCAACCCUCGUUCGUCUCUUUCAAGACCAACACCUCGAUCUAGGUCCUCCCUUUCGACUUCCGCCCGCCCUACACCUCAACGCUCAUCUAACGGUUCGGCACGGCGUCAUUCUAGUGCGCGAAGCAGUACCGGACGCAGAAAGAGUGGUGGAACGGGUCGGGGCCCUGGACGAUGGCCAAAAGGAUCCACUAAGAGGGAUUUUGGAAAUGCGGACAGUGGCCCUGGGUUACCGCCUAAAUUAAUGAAGCAGAGGAGCAGGCUAGGGAAUGAAGUACUUCUUGGAGAUGAAGAAGAGGAAGAAGAUGGGGAAGAGAGGAACGAUGAAGAACAUGAUAUCGACCAAGAUGAAGAGGAAGAGGCUCUCGAAUUUGAGGAUACACCUGCUCCUCGAAGAAGGAGAGACCGAGAUUCGGGCCGAGGCAAAGGCCUUGGCAAACCGCCCAUCGGGGGUAAAGGACUCGGCAAGCUGGUGGGGAUGGGGAAAGGUCCCUUGGUGGAAGAUAAUGGAGAUCAGGAAAUGGAUGAUGCUCCUUUUUUGGAAGCGAGCGAGGACGUUGACGCGGAAGGCGAGGACGAGUAG